AUGGCUUCCAUGAUCGCACGCAGAGCCGCUCUCUCGAGCAGGGCCUUCUCUACCUCGGCCCGCCGCCUCGCCGCCGACCCUGCCCUCAAGGACGAGACCAAGCGCAACCCCGAGCUUUUCAUCCUCGGAGGUGUCAUGGUCCUCGCUCUGGGCGGUGCCGGUCUCUACUUCGGCCGAACCCCUACCUCCUCGACUUCCGAGUCCUCCGUCGGCAUGGCCAAGUCCGGCAUGCCCUGGGAGACUGGCGCUACCGAGGGCAAGUACCAGUACCACCCCGGCGGCGACCGCAGCGCCGAGCCCAGGAACGCUCCCAGCGCCAUCAACGUCACCGUCAUCCCCGACGUCAACCUCCCCAAGCACCUGCACGAGAAGUACAACAAGUGGGGCAAGGACGGCUACUAG